AUGUUGUACAAAUUCCUAGUACUCUCCGCUCUUAUUCAUAUAACAUCACAAUUUCUGUUCCCUACCGUAACUCCAAAUAAUGGAUGCUGUUGCGGUGGUCCGCCGCCACCGCCGCCACCAUCAUGCGGUUGUGGAUCUGGGUGUGGCGGAAGAAAGAAACGCGAAGUCGGACAUGUCCGAGGUCACAUAACCCACGAGAAUCACGACGAGAUCAACAACCAAUGUAAUAGUCGCGAAUUCUCAGAUGUGAUCCUCAAAAAUCUUGGCAGAAGUUCGCUCAAAUCAACGAGAGAUGCUAUUUACAAAGAGCUCGAUCAAUUGUACCCAGAAAAUGUAUUCUCUGUGGUUUGUGUAGCCAGCGGAGUCGCCUCGUUCCAAGCCGAUGCCAGUCGAUAUUGUAUGGAGGGCAAAGGAAAUCAGACCUGUUACGUCUUCGAGUUUUAA